CGGCACGUGCCCCCGCCGCCAAGAUGGCGGCUCCCAGCCGGCUGUGCCGCCGCUUCUUCCCGCUGCUGCUGCUGGCGAUGGGAGCGGGAGCGGCCGCUGGGACCCCCGGCACCGCGGGCUGCGGCUGCAGCGCCAGCCGGGACGCCGGGGACGGGCGGGAGGCGGCGGCGCGGCGCUACUCGGCGGCAGCGGCGGCGGGCAGCGGGCGGAGCGCCGGGCAGGGGCCGAUGGUGCUGAUCCCAGCAGGGGUGUUCACCAUGGGCACCCAGGAGCCCCAGAUCCAGCAGGAUGGAGAGGGCCCUGCCCGCAGAGUCCACCUUGGCAGCUUCUACAUGGACCAGUACGAGGUCAGCAACCUGGACUUCGAGAGCUUUGUCAACUCCACGGGCUACAUCACUGAGGCAGAGAAGUUUGGUGACUCUUUUGUGUUUGAGGGGAUGCUGAGUGAAGCAGUGAAGGCUGACAUCCACCAAGCAGUGGCAGCUGCUCCCUGGUGGUUGCCUGUGAAAGGAGCCAGCUGGAGGCACCCUGAGGGCCCUGACUCCAGCAUCUCCAGCAGAAUGGACCAUCCAGUCCUUCAUGUUUCCUGGAAUGAUGCCCUGGCCUUCUGCAGGUGGGCAGGGAAGCGGCUGCCGACGGAGGCUGAGUGGGAGUACAGCUGUCGAGGGGGGCUGGAGAACAGGCUUUUCCCAUGGGGCAACAAAUUGCAGCCCAAAGGGCAGCACUAUGCCAAUAUCUGGCAGGGAGAAUUCCCCACCAAUAACACGGCAGAGGAUGGGUACAAGGGGACUGCACCUGUCUCUGCCUUUCCCCCCAAUGGGUUCGGCCUCUACAACAUGGUGGGCAACGCCUGGGAGUGGACAUCAGACUGGUGGGCUGUGCACCACUCCCCCCAGGACCUCCACAACCCUCAAGGGCCGUCCUCGGGCACGGACAGAGUGAAGAAGGGUGGAUCCUACAUGUGCCAUAAGUCCUACUGCUACAGGUACCGCUGUGCAGCUCGGAGCCAGAACACCCCCGACAGCUCCGCGUCCAACCUGGGCUUCCGCUGCGCCGCCAGCACCGCCCCGGGGCCGCGCUGAGCCACGCUCCCAGGGCACAGGAAGGGCUGCAUCCCACCCCAGGGACAACAAACGUGAGCAGUGACCCUUGCUGAUGGCACACAGUGGAAAAUCCUUGCUUGAAGUUCCUGCUGAGGGAAGAAAAACCAGCACGACUCAAGAGCGCUUGGAGAACCUUCGUGUUCACGAGCAACCUGGCCCGGUGUUCUGGAUUCAGCUGGAACAAAACUGAGCAGAAACAUGGCAAUCAUGUUUUCAAAGAUUACUUAAUCCCAGAAUUAGGCUGGAAAAAACCUCCAGAAUUAUUGAGUCCAGCCCUUGACUGAUCACCACCUUGUCAACUACAAUAGCUCCUCUUUAGACAAGAUCUUAAUUAAUUAGUUUUAUUUAUGUAGAGCUUCUACACUCAAAUGCAAUAAGCAAAGACUUUAUAAACUUCUAGACAGCUUUAAAAGAAAUUCUAGGCAGUUAGGGAAUUCUAGGCAGCUUUGAGAGACAAUGAAGGAGUCAAGAAUGAGGGCUGGGAGAUGACAGCUCUCCCCACAGGCAGCUUGCCCUUUGUUACAUUCCAUUUGCAGUGAAGAUCAUGUCCAGAAAUGGGCUUCUCCUGGGGAGAUACUUGCUGCUCUUUAGGAAGUGCCUUCUGCAGCUGAGGGAGAUGAUCCUCAGGGUGAUGAUGAUUAGAAAUCUUGUACAUAUUUGAAUAAAAUAUCAAGUAUUUGUUUA